CAGCGAUAGUGGAGGCGAUGUUGCCACAAGGAGGUCCGCACGGCCACGGCCUCGGAGCAGGAGCGAACGGCGGAUCUUUCUGCCCGCCGUCCUCCCUUUGAUCCACACGACCCUCACAGCUGCGGGGAGGUGUGACCAACCAAGCACUCAUCGGCGGAGCGGCAGUGACUAUGCUAGGGCGUCCCUCGUGUUGAUAGGACGGCCAUGGCGCUAGCCAUGGCGGAAAGUUUGGACUGGGAUGACGACCACGAUGCCCAUGACUACGAUGACGCCAACCAGCCGGCAGCGGCACGUCAAGAGCACGUCCCAUCGCCCUCCGGCUUCAACGGCACCGAUGACGCUAGCGAUCCCACCCCCUCCCUUGCGGAUCAAGGCGACUCACCAUCCUCUUUCCUCGGUGGCGGUGCCGCGCGCUACGGGGUCAGGCAGCGGCGGACAGCGAGGGGGGACAAGAUGCUCGCUGCACCGUCUGAGCUCAGCAGCCAGAUCGGUGCCAACGAUCGGCCGAGGAGGAACCCGUGCCGGUCGGGCGAGUUGCCGGCCGUUCCUGCUCCUGAAGUGUGUGACCUGAUCACGUACAAGAAUAGCUUCGGCCCUGACGGCGACAAUGGCACCACUGCGCUAGAGAUCGUCAAUCUGGGCCUCGUGACGCUCAUGAACCAGCGCGCAAGCUUGGAGCAGUCGGUUUUGGCGCUCGAGAGGGGCGGACUCGUGCCGCCUGGGUUGGGCACCUACCCGUGUAUCAGGCCUGGCGCUAUGUUCUGGAACCGCCACCAUCUGCGGCUCUGCGGCGUGCACAAGGACGUAACACACCCCAUCGCAGUGGAGAAAGGUACGUGCAAGGCAAGCACACCGAGAGAGGAAGGUGGGGUGUGUCUUCAUCUCGCCGGGCCGGGUCCAUGUAUUUGUGUGUGUGUGUGUGUUGUGUGUGUGUGUGUGGUGGCGUGGCCCACCUCAGGGAAGAAGACCACCGUGUGUGUGUCUGUGGUGUUGGAGGGCGACAACGUGACGGACGACCGGGGCGACCGGUUCGUGUACGCCCUCCGACUUCCCCAAGUGAAGAAAGCUAACAAAGAGACAAGGCAACGGCUGUUGGUACGUUGAUUGAUCCAUCCAUCCAUCCAUCCAGGACAGCGCACUCCCUGUCUGUCUGUGUCGUGUAGUCCGUUCAGUCUACUGCGAGGCUGGCCCUCACGGCCGCAUUGGACACAGAACAUCCGGUGGAAGUCUCCCGCAGCGCCAUCGCAGAGUCGCCCUUCCGUCCACUGUGGGGCUGCAGAUAUGACGGUAGGGAUGGGUGGAUGGAUGGCAGUCAGCGCGUCAGUAUGUGUGUGUGUGUGUGUGUGUGGCUGAUGGAUUCAGGGCGUCACCUGGUGAAGGAUGGAUGGAGGGAGGAGACAGAAAGGGGGCAUGUGUGGAAGUACGUGACGCUGAAACACACACAAACACACACACACACACACACAGAGAGAGAGAGAGACUCUCUGGAUCGCAUCGUUUGCCCUUCCCCCUUGUUCGUUCGUCGGCUCUUUCGUUCAGGUUCAUCUUCAAGUCCGAGUCCCUCUUUGAGCCCACCGAUCAGUCCCAACCGACGCCUUUCUACAUGCCCCCCCGCCACGAAGCUCGCCGCUCCCGUGAGGUCUCGACAGACAUCACCGUCGGGUCUGUGACCUUUCCCAGCCCCUUCAAUCACUCGGACGAAAUGAGGAAGUCUGCGACUAAGAAGGACCGCGCCGAGACGGCCGGCAGAGGGUGUGAGGUGGCUGUGGAGAGAGGUGCGUGGGGUGAGACCACCAGCAGCGUCUGGGUGCGGGAUAUGGACACUUGCGAGGAUGUGGAGCGGAUGGUGGGUGGAAGACACACGAGCAAGGGCGGGAGGGAGGGAAGUGGCUGUGCUCGUUGCGUCCGUCAUGUGUGGUGUGAUUGAUGUCUGGUGUUAACAGUUGAUCCCUCGUGGUUUGCCGGUAGGGAGGGACAAGAACAGCCCCUUCUUCGACUUCCAGCUCAAAAUCGCCACCGACACCGACACCCAAGUAGGUCACUCACUGACAUCACACAAGUGACUGAGUGAGGGAAGUGAUUGACACCGCCCGACGGACGGACGCUGUGCUGUGUGUGCGUAUCCAUCAACCCAACCAAACCAGGUCAUCCCCCUGGCCAGAGCUGCUCUCAAGGACAAGCCCAUCCAGCACAUAUUCCGCUCACGACCCGGCAAGCGCACAUCCAUCCUACUCCAGCCACCGUCAGUCACCACAUGCACCCUCACACACACACACACACACACGCACGCACACAGUGAAUGAAUGACGUGUGUCUGUCUGUCUGUCUGUCGUCCUUCACGGCUGCAGGCCCGCCAACUUGUUCCACCUCCAUAAGCCCAUGGGCGAGCCCAUUUGCGCCGACCUCGCUCUCGGCCGCGACAAGCACAAGAUCGCUGUGUACAACUACGUUGAUGACACUGGGCGGGACGCCAAUGUCAUCACCUUCUGCUACACCCGCGGGCAGAUCGACACCGGCUUCCCCUACUCCCACCUCGUCAACUACGACGCCCCCUGCAGCGGCUGCGCCCCCCCAUACGUCCGUGCCAUCGCCGAGCGGCUGCUGGAGCAACAGGGCAGGCGCAAUGAGAUCAAGACCCUGGGCGCUUCCCGCGACAAGGUGCUCGGGCUGGCCGAUGAGGCUGGGCAAGAGGGGAACGGGCCGAGUGGGCUUGACGGCGAGUGGCAGCUGCUGGAGCCAGGAGGUCGGGCGGGAGUGGACGCGCCCAGGAAGUGCUUGGCCAUCCAGAACAAGAAGACACGGCUCAUCUACUGCCUGGGGUACACGCCGCCGGUGGACACCACAGACGUGGACAGCCGGAGUCACCACAUGGGCAGCUGCAGUGACCACAAUUGCCAAUGCAGCCGCGAGUGUGAAAACAGGUGCGUGUGUCAGGGAGGGGCCGGACUAUGGGUCGAUGCACCAAUGGGGCUGUGGAUGACACAAACAAACACGCCUCUCUCUCUCUCUCUCUCUGUGUGUGUGUGUGUGUGUGUGUCUUAGGGUGCGAAUCGACGGCAUCAGGUUUCCUCUCGCUAUCCACAAGACAGAGCAGAAAGGCUGGGAGCUGCGGGCGGAUGCGAGGAUCCCAAAGGGCAAGCCGAUCUGCGAGUACGGACACACAAUACAACACAACACAAAACAGAGAGCCACGCGGCCAGACAGGUGUGACACAUGCGCGCUGUCUGUCUGUCUGUCUGUCUGUGGGUGUCUGGCUGACACUCAGGUACGCUGGUGUGCGCAAGACCCAGACCGAAGGCAACAUCAUGGCGGCUCGGGCGGAUGACGACGAGACCAACUACAUCUACAGCGUGUUCGACGAGCCCCAUGACGACACAGACGUAAAAAAGAACACUUCGGGCACCACGGACGACGACAGUCUAGAAGAGGAGAACCUCGACCCGUGCGUCGACUCCAGCAUUGUCGGCAAUGUUAGUCGCUUCAUGGUACGUGAUACACACCUGGGUCAGACGGUCAGGCGGCGCCGUGCCCUUACACACAAAGGGGAGGAGGGGGGCAGGGCAGGGCAGGGACUGACAGGCAGCUUAACCGACUGACUGUUUUGUCUCUCUGCGUGGGUUGGUUGGUGCAGAGCCACAGCUGUGUCCCUAACUGCCGGGUCGUCGCUAACUUCCCAAACGGCACUUGCUCGAGAGCCACGUGAGUGACGAAUGACUGAAUGGACACACACACGUGCCGAUCGAUACCUAUCACGAGUGGUGGUUGUGUUGUACUCGAUAUAUCGAUCACUCAGCGCGUGCGGGGCCUUCUUUCCGCAGCUGGUGGUCUUCCCCGUUCGUGACAUCGAGCCUGGCCAGCCGAUCACCAUCGACUACACUGAGCGUACGUGAGAUAGAUAAAGAACCGACAGACAGACAGACAGACACCCACACCACUCCCUCACGUCCCUCUCACUGUCUGUCCGUCUGUCUGCCCGUGUGUGUGUGUGUGCGCAGACUACGCGUACAUCAAGUGCCACUGUGGGGAAGAGCUCUGCCGUGGGUACAUCGGCGCGAAGCCGAACGACCACACCGACUCACCACAACGACGCCGACGGCAGGAGAAGCCAAGGCCGCACAAUGACGAUGACAUGGCCCUGGCUCCCCUCCCCCAUGCCGCUGCUGCAGCGGCAGCACAGCCGCCCCACUUCGAGCCAAAUCCCUCUCCGACUCGGGAGGUGUCCGAGAGAAUGGAGGAGACGGCCGGCAAGGCCACAAAGGACCCGGGCUGGUGGGCUGAUGAGGUUAGCGACCCUGGGAGCAGCUCUGGGGAGAGCCAGGAGGACGGCGAGGGGAAAGAUGCGGCAGAGCCGGCACCACCGCCACCACCACGACAGCAGCAGCAGCAGACCGAGCGUGCAGGGAAGGUGGCCGACGACAUGCAGCAAGAAUCGGUCAGUGAGGCAGAAAGGCAGUCAGGCAAGACACUUAGGGCGUCAACCUGUGUCAAGUCAACCUGUGUUGGCUGUUUUCAGGCCUCACUCCUGCCUCCUGCUGCACCAGCAGCUGCUGCUGCACCUGCAUCUGCAUCCCUCGAUGGCCCUGCUGGGGCUCUCCCGGCAGCAGCAGGAGAGCAGCUGCCGGCGGCGGUGGGAGAUCAGCCGAUGGAGGCCGACGGACAGGCCGAGAGGCAGGCCUCAGCAGAUGGUGCACUGCCACAGGUAUGACCAAGUCAGCCCAACCCGACAGAAACAACAUUGUCACGUCUCUGUCUGAUUUGUGCAGGUUUCUGCUGCUGCUGCUGCUGCUGUGUUGCCGACUUGUAUGGAGCCAUCUGCGCCCCCUUCGCCGCUCGGCAAGCGCAAGAGGGCCGCCGACGACGACGGCGAGGGAGAGGGAGAAGGGGAUGAUGCCGACGACGCCCACGCCCAGGUACACAUGGACAGACCAUGUUCUCACCACACAGCACAUGUGCGACAAGCACACACAUGCACGUACACGUUCGUCUUCAUUCCUUGUCAGGCUGUGGCAGCACCAGCCGCUGCUGGGAGUGUGGGUGUUGCUGGUGGUGCCUCCAUCAGCAGCGCGGCGCCAUCAGUGCCCUCUGGGGGUGGGGACAGUCGCAGUUCAUCGGUGCCCCAGCUGAUGAGGAUACGCAAGGUGGGGAGGAAGCGGCAGAAGACGGCUCAAGACGCCACCCAAGAGGCACCACAAGAGGCCCCCCAGGAGGCACCUGCUGAUGGGGCUGCGGCUUUGGCAACUCAGCCAGCACACCACCCUGUGCUGCCGUGUGCGUCGGCUGCUGGCGGUCCACCUGCCAUCGCGGUGACCAGCGAGGCAGCCGUCGAGCCAGCGGCUGAGGCGACUGCGAGUGCGAGUGCGCCUCCUGCCGAGUCGCAGCCGUCUGAGGCUGUCCCCAGGGAGGCGGACGCGGUCUUGCAACCGACUGCGGCCCCUGAUGAUGCCUUAGUCCGGUGGCACACGACUGGUGAGCGCCUGUCGGUCCCUCUCCCACUGCCCGCCUCGCCGCCACACAGCCGUGCCUCUCGUCGAGGAGGAGUCCGUCGACCCCCACCUACAUCACCACUACCACCACCACGACUGCCGCGAGUAGGUGACCCUGUCGGUGUGCCACCUCACGACACGGCCGGCGGACUGUUCGUCGAUGGCCCUCGCCGGGCCUUGAUGAGCGAUGUGCCCCCUCCCUCACUCUCACCACCAUUCCCACCCCGGGAGGUGAUGCCGCUGCUCCCUUUGCUGCCGCCCACGGCCAGGCCUAUGUGCAUGGAGCCUCGCCCUCGCCCGAAUCAUCAUCCGGCCCCUCGUCCGCAAUUCUAUCGCAUCCAUCCAUCCCCGUGGAUGAGCGACAGGUCCAUGGCGCUCCCCCCUCUGGAGGCCGGCUUCAGCGCUGAGGAGGGACACCGAGAGAGGCGGAGCAGCCAGGGCCCCAGGUCAGCUGCAGAGCCUGCUGGUGGUGCUGGUAGCGCUGGUGGUGCCGAGGACCGCAUGAGUGGGGACCGGUCGUCAAUGGCCGUUGCCCACGGUUUCCGCUACAGGGAGGGCAUCAAAUUGAAAAUGGGUCAGAUUGGCCGCGCAAGGUUGAUGGAGCUGGUGCGCAAUUACCGCGGCACCCACAAGGCCGACACGGACGACAUCUUGCGGCAGAAUGGCCUUCACCAGCUGGAGCUUCGCAGCGCAUCCAUUAAGCAGCUGCUCAAGUGCGCACAUCUAUUCGGGCUGUGGGAUGCGGCGGUGCAGAUCCACAUCGAAUAUCAGCAGCAGCAGCAGCAGCAGCGCAGACGGGAGGUGGAGGUGGUCAGGGCAGCUGAGGAGGACCGUCUUCUCCGGCUGUCCUCCCAACUGCCCACCUUGCCCACACAGCAGCAGCACCCACGCCCCCUCCAGGACGACGACAACACUGACGGCUCUUCGGCACCGCGUCGGAGGGGGCGGAGCCGAUUCGACUCGCGCUUCCAUCGACCCGGUCCUUCGCCGCAAUCGAUGUCAGAUCAGCUUCGCACCGAAGACAUGGAUGCGGAGGAGGGGCUGUGGAUGCUUAGGGGGUGGCCCCACCAACCCUACACCACCAACUCGUCUGCUGCGGCCCCAACCAGCGGGGAGGCACGCGUCGAGAAGUGUGCCGACCAGCUGCAGGACCAGCGCGGCAACGGCAGUGGUGACGCCAGCCACAACACCGACUCACAGGCGGGCGCACUGGUGGUCGACGGCUCGGGAGGUCAAAUCGAAGCCGCACCUGCAGCAGACGGCUCGACCGAGCCAAUGCAACAAGAUGGCGACACCAGCGAGCACUUCGACACACGUGCAUCGGUGCCGGCCGCUGCUGCUGCUGGUGGUGGAGGUGGUGGGCUGAUAUUGGGGCUGAAGAGGGCUGAUAGGGAUGAGGAGGAUCGCAGCGUGGCGCCGCGGGCACGGGAGGGUGUGGGUGGGGCCGGUGGCAUGAUCCGCUCGGACGGAUCGGGAUCGCCCAUGGAGCUCUGUCGGGGUGCCGAGUCUGAUGGUGAGGGGGGGAGGGAGCGUCCACUGAAGCGGCAGAAGUCCAUCAAGGACGAGGGUGGGGAGCACCUGCAGGUGAGUGAGGUGCACACACAACAGUACUGACUGCACUGCACAAUGAUGGCUGGCGCAGAUCAGAUGGUCACUCACUCCUUGCUUGGUAUUCUGUCAUUAAUUACUCAGGAGCACGCGGUGCACGUUGCACCAGCAGAGGAGCAGCCAAGCCAGCCUGCCACGGACAUGGUCGACAACGCCAUGACGUCUGAGCCACCUGCACACCCGGCAGGUGCUGCGGCUCCCCCUGCCGAGCUCUCCACCAGCAGCCGAAUGGAGCCACCACCGGCCGUGGUCGGCGAAGCUGAGGCGCCGGCUUUCGUCACGGAGGCCGACGCAGCAGCACUGCCGCCACCGGCAGAACCAGACCAGCAUGACGACUUGAGCAACGGCGAGCUGCUCCCGCCUGUGGAUGGCCAUGGCGAUGGGGAGAUGGAUGUGGAUGUGCCCCCACAGGUCGAGUACUACUUAAAAUUUGCCCACUUGGAUCCUCUGGAGUUAUGGGACGGGGUGUCUGUGUCGCCUGCUGCUCUCCGCCGACAGGUCCAUGCACACAUGGCGGAUGAUGCUGUAGCUGCUCCGCCAGCGGCUGCAGCUGAGGGCGACGGUCAUUUCUCCCUACCCUCUAGACCAUCCCCACCACCCCCACCACCCCCCUUGGAGCCACUCAUGGCUCAAGAUGCCACUCAAGACGCCAUCCAGGAGGCACCUGCUGAUGGUGCUGCGGCUUCGGCAAGUCAACCAGCACACCACCCUGUGCUGCCGUGUGCGUCGGCUGCUGGCGGUCCACCUGCCAUGGCGGUGACCAGCGAGGCAGCCGUCGAGCCAGCAGCUGGGGCGACUGCAAGUGCGGGUGCAGACGCGGAUCGCGCCAUUGACCUGGAUGCGGCUCAGACCGCGGUCUCGUUCGCUGCGCCACGACCAUCUGCGCCAGCUGCACCAGCUGCUGCUGCGGCUGCUGCUGCUGCUGCUGCCCCAGCCUUGCGGUUGGGUGUGAGUCCCAAGCCAAAGCCGCUCAUCAGUCCCGGCAGCGAUGCCGAGAUGGCGCAGCCCCACCAGCAGCAGGGCCUCCUGGCCGUCCCGUACUCGCCGCAGGCGCACCCACUUGUGCCAGCUGGCGGGCAGCAGGGAGCAGGUUUUGGUGGAGGUGGUAUCGGCGGGGCUGGGCAGGGCGAGCGUGACGUUAGCAUGAGCCCGCGAGGCGGCCGUGGUCGCCGUGAGAACGGUGAGGUGUUGAUGGCGGACCGCGUUGAUGGGCGAGCGUUGGUGUUAGCGGACAAGACCCCCGUCGCCAUGUGAGCAGGGAGGCUGGGUGGGUGGGUGGAGGGGCAAAAGGGACGCGAUGCCUCCAUCUAUCCAUCGAUACGAUUGUGUUUGUCUGUGCACUGCAGGCCGGGGCUCGGUGCGGCCCCUGCAGCAGCUGCAGCCAUCGUACCCAAGCACCCAUCGCACCAGCAGAAGCAGCGUGGCGAGCCAGCCAACGGCGGGCACUCCGGCGGGCCCCCCCGCGGCGGCGGGCGUGUCAGCCCUCACAUCAAGAAGAAGCAGGAUCGCCAGCAGCAGCAGCAGCAGCAGCAACAAUUGCGUGAGGAGUUCGGUGACGGGCCCAUCUGCAUUGACUUGCUGGACGAGUCGGACGAAGACGCAUCCCCGCCGGCCGCAGCGGCAGCUUCACCACCAGCAGCAGCAGCAGCACGGGGUGCAGAGGUGAUGGACCUGAGCCAUGACGACGACGACCCGCCGGAUGCACCACCACCACCACCGCCACCACAGCCACCAGCACGACCGAUCGUCGCGGAAGAUGAGGACGAUGACUGUGCGAUCACUGGAGUGGCGGCGGCUCCUGACUGUGAGAUCACUGGAGUGGCGACGGCUCCGGGAGCUGCAGCCGCCGCCGCCCAGCAGCCCAUGUCGAUGCCCCUCCGGAGCAGGGAAGAAAUGGCAGAGAGGGCGAAGGAGCUCAAGGACUUUUUGGAUUGUGACGAGGGGAUGGAUGGGGGGGAUGGGGGGCUAUAAGUAAGGGAGUGGACCGGUGCUGUUGCCGAGUGACUGAGUUGAGUGAAACUCACUCGAGCCGGUUCGUUCGUCUGUGUCCGUCGGUGGAGGCUGGCGCGAGAGUGAGAGAGUGAGGGAGCGAGAGAGAGGGCCGCCCCUUUUUCUGCCGAUCGGUUGAUGUAUGGUCGGCGGGCACACAUGUGAUCUGCGGGCGGAAGGAAACGUGUUUGCGUGGAUGGAAUUGUUGAUGCGUGUUGGUUCAUGUGCCUUCCUUGGAGCUUUAUCGGCUGAGUAGCGAACGUGCUAUGCGUGUCGUUCGUGCUGUGCGUGUUAUGUUAUGGUGGUGCUGCGUGUCUGUCUGUCAUGGUUUGUCGUGUGUCAGUCAUGAUGCCGCUACUCCGAUGCCGCUGUGUUGCUGCUGGAGUAUCCAUCCACUCGCCCGCCCUUUCCCUGUAAGUGUUCUCGACGUGCGGCUCGUGAGGGCCGCAGACCGACAGACAGAUCGACUGACUGACUCGUGCAAUGUCACGUGGUGGAUGGAUGGAUGGAUGACGGUGUCUUGCAUCCAUAUCAAUCAAUGUCAUAACAUGCG